AUGCGGCACCGUUUCAUCACGGCUCCCUCAGUCUCCGCCCUAUUCUUUGUAUCUUCCAUUUUCAUCUUCAGUUCGAUAAGCCAUCAUUUCGGUACAGCUGAAGUCAUAACUUUGACCGCCGAGACCUUCAGCGACAAGGUGCAGGAGAAAGAUACAGCAUGGUUUGUCAAGUUCUGUGUCCCUUGGUGCAAGCAUUGCAAAAACUUGGGGACAUUAUGGGAGGAUUUGGGGAAGGAGAUGGAAGGUGAGGAUGAGAUCGAGAUUGGAGAAGUUGAUUGUGCGACAGAUAAACCAGUUUGUUCUAAAGUAGAUAUCCAUUCAUAUCCUACAUUCAAGUUAUUCUAUAAUGGAGAAGAAGUUACAAAGUACCAAGGAGCGAGGGAUGUUGAAUCACUCAAAACCUUUGUUCUUCAAGAAACAGAAAAGGCAGUUAAAAAAGCACAACUUGAUAACGAUGGCGAGCUAUGA